AUGCCCAAGGACCCCGAGUUCUUCAAUGCCGCGUCCGCUGCGGAGGGCGGAGCAUCCGCAGCGACCAAGACGGCGGAAGGCAGCACCCGCAGCGGAUCCACGUCUUCAGCGAAGUACCGAGUCUCGUCUCGCCCAACCAACCUGCUGGUACCAAGCGGACUUGAAGCUCCCGGCACUGCGUCACGCUCGCCGGAACCACGGCUGUCAGCUACCAACGUGUCUUCGAUGCUGCUGCGGAUGAACAAGAACUCGGCGUCACGUUUGUCGUUGUCGGAUCCCAGUGGGUCCGAAGCAUCAGCCAAGUCCAAGAACGGACGCUACGCCAUCACUACCGAAGCUUUGGCCCCGACGACGAAAGGACUGGGCACACCCAAGCUCCCUCAGAAGCUGCGGCAGCACGUGAAUCGGCUGCGAAGCCAGUUUGCGUUGGGGUCGGCGUCGGGGUCAUCGCGCUCGUUGGCUGUAGGCGGUCGGAGUCCAUCGCCAACUCCUAAAGUCCCGAGGCCGAGUCUGUCGACUACAUCAAUGGGCUCCAGGCGCUUCUCCGUUGCAGCUGCUGCUGCGCUCCAGUACUCACGUCGAUCUAACCAGCUCCAGCAACUCCAAGCACCGAAAGACAUUGAGAAGCCAGCAGAACAAGUCACCGAAGCACCAACAGCUUCACCGCAAGAUCCGGAACCUACGAGCGUCAACGCUGGUACAUUCCAAGACUUAUUGCGUCCGUUGCAGAGCAGUCUAAGCUGCGCUAGUCUGAGCUCCGGCUGGUCGAGUGACGAAGACGAUGAAGCGGAGCAGCUUUUUCGCCAGAGCGAGCGGGAGAAUAGCCGAAUGCUGCGUGUCUGCUGCUCAAUCGACAAUCUGAUGGUGUCCAUCGGCGACCACGCGCAGGAGCAGAAGCACACGGAGGCGAUUGUCCGGGGAGCUACGCGUGAUCUGGUGAAACUUUUCCAGUUUGCGUUGAAGCAGGCGAUCUCAGUCAUCUUCGACAAAGCUGAAGACCAAAUGGGCAGCAACAACAACAACAGUCCUGGCGUCGAGGAAGCGCGUGCUGUUGCUGUGAAGAUUGCCGGGAAGGAGGCGCAGUACGCGAUGGAGUUCCUCCUGGAGAUCAACGAGCGAAUCGGCAAACUCUACGAGUUCUCUCGCUCUGUGUUCGUUUGCGAGGUUGAUGGGCUUCGUCAGCGUCUCAAGGAGCUCGAAGACGAACUUGCCGCGGCGGCGUCGAAGUACGACCAGCUUCAAAGCGAAAUGCGGGACCUGCGAGACUUCCACGAGCAAAAUAAUGUAAGUGGCGUAGACUCGUUUGCUGUCGGGUCUUCUGGGGACAUGCACCCGGAACUGGAAGAUCAGGAUGAUGCAGCGAUUUCAGCUCUCGCGUUCCCUGAGAUCCCCGACGCCAGCACGGAUGCAAACGACGGAGAGAGCAGUGCACUGAAGCAGCAGUGUCAAGAGCUUUCGCGGCUUUUAGAAAUGGCGAAGCAAGAGAUUCGGCUGAGUCAUCACGAACGCGACGUACAGAAGGCUCGCGUUGCUGAGAUCUCAAGUGCGUUGUUCCAUGACAGCGAGCUUGACCAUCUUCGCAACCAGCUCCAGAGUGAGAAGAAACGCGUGCGAGUACUGGAGAGAGAGAACUUGACUCUGCGCGAAUCUCAGCAAGACCAGGCGCUCAAGCUGCAAGCGCUAGAAACGCUACAAGCUGCAAGCUUAGUGACGACUGCAACAGCGAACACUGCCAGUAGUAGUUACGGUGCAGCCCGGCAAGGUGCUACUGUUGCUAGGCCAUCAAAUGAGCAGGUCUCUACUGUGCCAGCAAGUACUGUGCAGCUAAACGACUUGGAUGAGGAGCAGUCUUCCAUGCCGACAAGCGAGUUAACCGUUGAAACUCAAGACAACCAGUACAACUUCACAAACACCGGAAUGGGAUUACCACAAGAGGGAGGUUCUCAAGUUGCCGCGGUGAAUUGGUUUUCGCGCAUUGUGAAUCCUCCGCCACCAGCGAAUGUACGGAAGACGCGCAAAAAGCCGACUGAGGCUAAGCCUGAGCAGCAGCCACCUGUGGGUCUCAGCAAGUUCCUCGCGGGUUUGAUGAUGACUGACAAACAGCUAGCAACGGCAAAGGAGGAGUCGAAGGUGAGAAGACAAGGGAGUGUGCCGACGUUAAUUCCAUCAGUGGGAACUCUCUCCGCUAGACGCUCGGCGGAUGACCGGAGAGGGAACGGUAAGAAGCGGCGACCACGAUCUGCUACCACUACAAGUGUAUCAAGCAAUACUGUUAGCCGCACCAACAGCGGUGAACCUGAAGACAACCCCGAACAAGUCAUCGCUUGCUGUCUCCAAUUAAUCUGGGUCUUCUAUCAACGUUUCCUGCUCGCUGUGGAGGCUCAAAAUCUCUUGUGUACGCGAGGUGUGGGGGGAGACCCUACGUUGGGAUCAGGGGUCGAUUUGAGUGCUGGUAGUUCAGCGACGGAGCCGGUAUCGCUGUCUCUGAUCAUUUUCCACUUCUUCUUGGAGCGCUGUAGUCGUGAGCUGGACGCUGCUCGUGAACUUGAACAAUUCGUGCGGUGUGUACAUAACGUGCGGGGAGCGAGCUACAACUUGGAGCUGUUUUGCCAGUUUUUGGAAGAGAACUCUUCACGUCAGGAGCUCUGCUUCUUCUUGUGGGUCUGCCAGGCUAUGGACGAUGUGAAGCUCGGUAUCCCAUACGACGAUCCACUUCCCAACGGCUACGAGAUCAGCGGUGAAGCUGGCAUUCAUCACGAGGUUCCAACGCAGUUUCUCUGCUUCCUGAAGGCCACGUUCCUCGCCCGAACAAUCUUCCGAGUUUUGCACUUCAAAGUGCUCUGUCGACCUCCAGCAGUUGGAAGUGGCAAGUGUCGAGGCAAAGCCAAGAACAGCCCGAGGAAGCAAAGCAGCACCAAUUUAGUCUCCGCCGCUCCCUCAGUCGCAGCUACGUCCCCAGUGUCCUCUCCAAAGCGCAAGCCCAAGACUCGGCUAGGUGAACUCGCGGCAGUGCAGUCUCCGAAAGCCGAUUCUAAGCUUUCCACUGCGAAUAAUGGAGAAUCCGGCCAAGAUGAACCGACAACUGUACCGCUGCACGUCGCCGCCCGAAUAGCGCUGCGUGAGGUUAUCGAGAGCAACCAGGGGGAGCCGAUCACUCUCGACACCUUCAACAACCUGCUUCUCAAGUUUGCGGUCGUCCCUUCCUCCGAGGAGUUGGCAGCUCGACUGGGUCCGUUCUACCAGCCUACGGGCGACGAGCGCAAGAUCCCCACCGACGUCUUCUUCGCUCUACUCAUGGAAACGUACAAGCUCCAGUUGCAGUGGCAGCGGGAUCAGCUUCGAGCGUUGUUUAUCCACUUGAACCACCAAGAAGAACUCCAACGUCGCGCAGCCGAGAAACUGGCCAAGGAGGAGGCUGCGAACGCCAAGGCAGAUCGACUGUACGACAUGCUCGAGAAGCUGAGGUGGCUCGACAGCACGAGGCAUCGAGUUGAUUCGCUCGUGCAAGCUGCUAGAGUGAAAAGUAUGGUGCCGUUGAAAAAGGCUGCAGGUGGUGCUGGGUCUCAAGGCGGUAAGAUGCCGUCCAAGUCGCGCGCGCCUUCUGUUGUGGUCCCGAGCUCGAUGGUCCGUGCAAUUCGUGACAAGUGGCGCGUGUAUGCUCGUCACAGUCUCGCUCUGUGCACCAACGACCCCAACGUCUUCAUCCGGCGCCAUACGCAGCGGUUGUUGCACUACGUGGACGAAGAACUUGCACGACUUGUUGGUGAUUCCGAGAGCCGAGAUACCGUCAACGUCGUUGGUGAAGCCAUUCGAUGCGUUCGGGAGUUCCUGGCAUUUGCGUGGCGCGUAGCUGGCAAACGCAGCAGUGAGAACAGCCCACCCAGUCUUCACCAAACGUGCUUCACAGAGGUGUUCCUUGUCAGCCAGGCACUGCGCGCUACUGCAGAUUCCAUGCCAGGAUACUCCGGUCAGUUUGCUGUCAUCGAAGACAAGGCUGGUGAGUCGCAGCCUGCCGAAGGAAAUCCGGGGACUCUGCAGCGUCAAGCCAGCAGUCAAUUACUUGUGACGCAGGACGCUCUCCAGUGUUUCUACGAUACAUCUCGAAUGGAUCUCAAGCGCUUCGUCAAAGAUAAAGGCAACAAGGUUCCUGGACUGGAUAGCAGCGUGGCCGGUCAACUGCAGGAACUUGAGAGUGUGCUGGCACUGUACGCAGCUCACAUCGCGCACCUAUUCAAACGAUUCUCGGAGGCACGCUUCAACUGCACUCCUCAGGUAUCUCUGCAUCGGUGGAGGUCCAUGGUGUACGAGCUGGAGCUUGUACAUCCUCGUGAUAUGCCGCUUCCAAAGCUGCAGCUCCUCUUUGAAAGCGUGGCAGAGCCCCUCCAACGAUCCGAGUCGAGCACAACUGCGUCGCUGGAUCAGGAGCUCGGUGUGGAGAAGACUCAAUUCUCCGAACUGCUCGUGCUGAUUGCGUUUGAAAGGCACCGCGCUGAUGCAGCUCGGAAACUGGAGAAGGCGCUACUCACCACCAUCAUGAAAUCUCGAGGCUCUCAGGAUGACAACAAGGAGGCUCUGCUCGAAGCUGCGGAGCUCGCCGACCGACCAGCACGAAUCAUGGCGCAGUUUUGUCGAGAGAUUCUUGCUCCGCGUGCCUUCAGCAGCUACGGGAACGACAGCGCACUGGUCGAGCGGAACUUCGCCGCGAAACUCAGCUGUCCCCUUGUCGGCCGCGCGCUUCUGGAACAUCGCUCCCGGAGCCAGGCUUGGACUUUCAACUGGAGAAGACGAAGCGAAGUUCCAUGA